CCAGCAACAUGGGCAGCAACGCCGGCGUUCAAGACGGCGACCACUUCGACUUCAUUGUCGUUGGAGGAGGUACGGCUGGCAACUGUGUUGCCGGUCGCCUGGCCGAGAAUCCCAAGACUCGCAUCUUGGUGAUUGAGGCCGGUGUCGGUAACCCUGAAGAACACCCUGAGAUUACCACACCUUCCAACGCCAUGAACCUGCGAAACAGUGAACAUGAUUGGUCUUAUAAGACUACCAUGGUCAAGCGUGACGAUUAUGAGCGUGUUGAAAAGCCCAACACGCGAGGCAAGAUGUUGGGUGGAAGUUCAUCAUUGAACUAUUUCACCUGGGUUCCAGGCUGCAAGCCUACUUUUGAUCGCUGGGAGGAAUGGGGAGGUAAAGAAUGGACCUGGGACCCUCUCGUCCCUUACCUUCGCAAAAGCGCCACCUAUCAUGAUGAUUCAAAGCUGUAUCUGCCAGAGCUGAAGAAGAUUGGCGGUGGAGGCCCCAUCCAUAUCUCUCACGCCGAGCUCAUUGACGAGAUGAAGCCCUUCCGUGAAAACAUCUUCAAGGCUUGGAAGUCACGCGGAAAGCCUAUUACGGAAAACAUCUAUGAUGGCGACAUGAACGGUCUCUACCACUGCUGCGAUACCAUUUAUAAGGGAGUUCGCUCCGGAAGCUACCUUUUCCUUAAAAACAAACCAAACAUCACGGUUCUAGCCGAGACUCACGCUAAGAAGCUGCUCAUCAGCUACGCUGAUCGAAUUUGCCGCGGCGUGCAAGUUGUUCUACCAAACGGCAAAGACAUCAAGCUCUACGCAGACCGUGAAGUUAUCCUUUCAGAGGGCGUUUUUGAAAGCCCCAAGCUCUUGAUGCUCAGUGGUGUUGGUCCUGAGCGCGAGCUUAAGAAAUUCGACAUUGACGUGAUUGUUGACUCGCGUCAUGUUGGUCAGAAUCUCAUGGAUCAUCCGGCCGUUCCUUUUGUCUUGCGUGUUAAGCCCGAAGUUGGUAUGGAUACUGCUGUUCUCCGGCAGGGCCCUGAAAAUGAGAAGAUGCAUGCCCAGUAUAAGAAAGAUCAUUCUGGUCCUGCUGGCUCAGGCUUCUUGGAAGUUGUGGGAUUCCCGCGAAUUGACGAAUACCUGGAGAAAGAUCCCGACUAUCAGAAGGCCAAGAAGGCCAACGGCGGAAGGGAUCCCUUCUCACCCGAAGGACAGCCGCAUUUUGAGCUCGAUUUCGUGUGUCUUUGGGGCAGCGCAUUCCAGUGGCACUUCCCUCCUCCUCCGGAAGGUGAACACACCACUGUCGUCGUGGAUCUGGUCCGUCCUGUGUCAGGUCCCGGUGAGGUUACUCUGAGGAGCGCCAAUCCGCUCGAGCAACCCUACAUCAACCUCAACUUCUUCGCCGAUGACCUUGACAUCAUUGCUAUGCGCGAGGGCAUUCGCUUCACCUACGAUGUGUUGACCAAGGGUGAGGGCUUCAAGGACUAUGUUUUGUCAGAGUCGCCAUGGCCGAUGCCGCUUUACUCAAACGUGGAGAUGAAGCGUGCAGUCUUGGAUCGCUGCCAGACUGCUUUCCAUCCCGUCGGAACUGCCCGACUAAGCAAGAAUAUCGAGCAGGGCGUGGUUGAUCCCUCGCUCAAGGUUCAUGGAGUUCAUAAUCUCCGCGUUAUCGAUGCCUCUGUCAUUCCAUUGAUUCCUGAUUGCCGCAUUCAGAACUCUGUGUACGCAGUGGCCGAAAAGGGCGCCGAUAUGAUUAAGGCUGAUCAUAAGGAUAUUUACUAG